AUGCCUUCUAAUGAGUUCACUCUAGAUGACGUUGCUCAGCAUAACAAGGAAGGCAACCUUUGGCUUGUCAUUGACUCCAAAGUUUAUGACUUGUCCCGCUUCGCGGACCUUCACCCAGGAGGUGCAAGCGUGCUGUACGCCGACGCUGGGAAGGAUGCUACACAGGUAUUCUUCGGACUUCACCGACUUGAGGUUCUCCAGCGUCCUCAGUACGCGCGCCUCCAAAUAGGAGCUAUCCGCGGGCAGACCGAAACCAUCAAGCCUCUUGCGCCUGGCGAACUGUCUCUUGUGCCCUAUGCUGAGCCUACGUGGCUGACACCUGGAUACUUUAGCCCCUACUAUAGUGAUAACCACCGCCAGUUUCACAAGGCUGUGAGAGCGUUCUUGAUGGAAUUUGUACAACCAGAGGCAAUCAGAUGCGAGGAAAAUGGGAAGAGAAUAUCACAGGAAGUCGUGGAUAAACUAAGCGAGAUAAAUUUCCUAGCUAUGCGCCUGGGACCAGGCAAGCACCUCAAGGGGCUUACCUUGAUGGGUGGCAUCGUGAAUCCUGAGGAAUACGACUACUUCCAUGAACUUAUUCUCAACACCGAGCUUGCGCGGUUCGGGACGCGAGGAUUCGUUGAUGGCCUCCUGAAUGGCGGGGUAAUCGCCCUCCCUCCUGUUCUUAAUUUUGGGACGCCGGAGCAGCGAGCCAAGUUCGUACCGGACAUUCUAGCUGGCAAGAAGUACAUCUCUCUUGCUGUCUCGGAAGCAUUUGCAGGUAGCGAUGUUAGCGGUGCGCAAACUGUCGCCGUGAGAGAUGGUGAUGAGUGGAUUGUCACUGGAACUAAGAAGUGGAUAACAAAUGGCACCUUUUCAGAUUAUUUCACGACACUAUGCAAAACAGACGCCGGGUUUGUCGUCUUGCUCAUUGAGCGCUCGGAUGCUGUGUCUACAAAACCAUUGAAAACGUCCUAUUCUGCGACCGCUGGGACUGCAUUUAUCACCUUUGACAAGACACGCGUGCCGGUUGCUAACACCUUGGGUCAAGUCGGGAAGGGCAUGUCGAUUGUUCUGAGCAACUUUAAUCAUGAACGGUGGAUGGUCACCGCGACGAGUCUUGGUGCACAAAGAGUAGUGGUCGAGGAGUGUUUGAAGUGGACCAAUCAACGGAUUGCCUUCGGCAAACCUCUUCAUGCUCAGGCAGUUAUCCGCGCAAAACUUGCGGCGAUGAUUUCCCGCGUGGAAGCAUGCCAGGCAUGGGUAGAGAACAUCACAUAUCAGAUGAACAAUAUGUCCUAUCAUGAACAAUCCGACAAACUGGCAGGUCCUAUUGCAUUACUAAAGCAGUUUGUGUCAAAGGCUGGUCGUGAAACCGCUGAGGACGCAACCCAGAUUUUCGGAGGUCGGGGUAUCACCGUCACGGGCAUGGGUAAGGUCAUUGAGAAUUAUCACCGGACGUCACCUUUCGAUGCUAUCCUUGCUGGUGCGGAAGAUGUCCUGGGGGAUCUUGGUGUGCGGCAGGCUAUUAGGAGGAUGCCCAAGAACGCCCGGUUGUGA